AUCCGACAGCGAAGAAUAGGCAAAAGGAUUUCCCCCAAAAUUUGAAUUAUAAUCUGCGCUCAAUGCCAUCCAAUCUCCACCGUCCAUCAAAAAUCCCCCCUUCCAUCUCCAUCCUCACUCUCUGCCUCUGUCCCUCUCUCUCUUUCACACGCACAGAAACACACUUUCUCUCCAUUAUCUUUCAGUUUAGGAUUUGAAUUACUUAAUGGCGAUGAAUCUCUAAAACCAAAGAAAUCGGGCUAAAAAUGACGACGAUAGAGAAGCUGUUCGUGCAGAUCUCUGAGAGUAAAAAGAGAAUAAUUGAACAAAUUAAGAACCAGGCCGAACUAUUCGACCAGCAUCUUGCUUCGAAGUGUCUUCUUGACGGAAUCGCCCCUCCUUCUUGGCUCUUGUCUUCUUCUUUUCCUUCCUUUUGCUCUGAUCCUAACGAACUAAAGAAAGAGGAGCUUUUAUCAGGACUGUUACUUCCGCAUUCUCAACCUCCAAACCCAUACUUAAGUAGUUACUUCUCUCUAUAUCAACAGCACAUUAUUCCUGUUGAUAAUGAUAAAGGGUUAAAAACCAAUUCAUGCACAGAAAUUGGUGCUUCAAACAAUGCCGCAAAAGCAGGUGAUAGGUUGUCUGUUUUGCCUUCCUUACAGAAUUAUGAUAAUACUCAGGGUGCCUUCAAUGGUGUUGCCGAGUUGGAUCCUAGUGUUACUUCUCCACCUGAUUGUGGAGAUGCAAGAAUGUUAGACAGUUGCACUGGUCAUGGUCAAUCAUUUAGUACUGAGUUGGAUCCUAGUGUUACAUCUCCACCAGUUCUUGGAGAUGCAAGAAUGUCAGAUGAUUGCGCUCGUCAUGUUCAACCAUUUGUUGAUGAGUUCGAUCCUAGUGUUGCCUCCCCACCAGAUUGUGGAGAUGCAAGAGUGUUAGAUAAUUGUGCUGAUCAUAGUCAAUCGUUGGUCAAGAUUAUAAGAUCAAAGGCCAGGCAAAGGGAUUUACAGCUUCGUAAUAGCACAAAAGGAAAAUCAAAGUUGUGUGAUGAAAAUAAGGAUGGUGGUGUUUAUACUAUUCAAGGGAUAGGGUCCGGGAUUAGUUCCUUACAGUAUGAUCAUGUUCGUGAAUUAGAGUUGGUCAAGCCCAAUGAUACAAAUAAUGGAGGUUGUAAUGAAGAAAAGGCAAAAAUAGGUGAAUGUGGAAGCAAGGAUAAGAACAGUAAUAUUUACAAUGGCGGAACUAUUGGAUCCAGAAAUUCUACCCAACAGGCUAGCUUUGUGAAUGAGCCUGGGAAUGAUGGCAACUCUUCUUACAUUGCCAAGGAAGAGGACAUUAAGUGUGCGGAAGACUUAAAAGAGCAUUCUAAAUGUUCUAAUGCUAUCUCAGAACUGGCCAAUCGUUCUGUUCUUGUUAAUGAAAACUGUAUGCCAGAAGAAGCAAAUGCGGUUGAUUGCAACGGCAAUGAAACGAAUGACGUUGUCUGGUUCGAUAGAAUUACAGGAUCUGGGAGUUCGAUCUCUCAAACAAAGCAGGUUUUGGAAGUUGGCAACUCUUCUUGUGUUGCUGAGGAACAUAAAGAGUUUCUUGACAAAUCAUCAGCAAAGCAGCCCAGUUGUGUUAGUGGUUUAUUGGGAUUGGUAAAGUCUUCAUCUAUUAUUUCUAAUGAUAGCUGUGGGUCAAGGAAAGCAAAAACAGGGGGUAAACAGAUCAAGGAAAAGGGAAGUAAUAGUUAUGUUGGGAGAAUUACAAGAUCCAGAAAAUCUAGUCAACCAUCUUAUCGUGCAAGUAAAUCUCCGGAUCAGGAUAAUCCUUGUGGUAAUGGCAAGGAACUAAAGCAGCUGUCCAACCAUGUUCACGACUUAACUGAAAUGGUUAUGCCUUUAGAUGUCACUUGUGAAAGUGAUGGGGUGAAAGAAGCAGCAAGAGAAUGCCAGAAUAUUGAUGUAGAAAAUGAUGCUUAUUGCUGUAGAAUAACAAGCUCCUCUAUUGAGAAACUUAAUAAUGUUAUGUUCUCAAAAGUGGAUAACUCUUCUUAUAUUGUUAAGGAUGGUGAUGUUAUUCUUGCACAGUCCUUUGACAAACCUUCGCAACCUCCGCAACUAUCAAGUUUGGUUCAGGGUGCAAGAGUUAACAUUCAGGUCCUGUCAAGUGCUCAACCAAAUGUCCUUCCUAGUACUGAAAACCUUUUACCUGAAAGUGAUAUAGAUGGUGAUGCUGUAGUUGAGGUUCAUUCUGUUACUUAUGCAUCUAACUCAGAUGGUGCUAGAUGUGGGGUGGAAGCUUCAGAAUUGGGGCCGCCCAAUGAAUGUGCUGUGGUUGUGAAUCCCAAGAAACUCGAUUUUGGUGAUGCGGAGGAGAACAAUUUGCUUGAAGCUUGUGAUCCUGCGAUGGAGGAUAAACAAGAAGAUAAAGAGAAAUUACUUUCUCCCUUGGUGCACUCUACAGAUGUAUUGGAGAAAGCCACAUCUGUUGGUUACUGUGAACAGCCUAACCUAUCUAUUGAGAAGCCACUGUUGAAGGAGCAGGAAUUUUUUAGGAAAUCCUGUAAGGAUUCAUCUGAAGGUCAUAUGCAGGGUGGUACUGUUUUGGUAGAUGAAAGUACCAUUAACUCUGGACAGCAGAAAAUGAACUCGUUCAAUUCUCAAAAUCGAAAAGCAGAUUCCUAUUUCACGGGUUCUUGGCCACAGCAUAAGCGAAUAAAGAUAGGAGGUCAAGCUACUGGUGCCCUUUCUGCUUCCCCCAGCUUGAAGAUAAUCCCAUAUCAGCCAAUGCAGACGUAUUAUAAGGGAGAUCCAUUACUAUCAGUUGUCGUUAAGAGCACAGUUGAAGACAUUCAUCAGAAUGUGGAGCACGAGAAGAUUGAGGAAUCUGAGGUUUCAUCAUUCAAGCUGCAAGUUGAUGAGGUUGAAAAUAGGAGGGAAGGGAUGGCUGGAGGUUCUACUACUGAUUUCUCUUUGAUCCUUGAACAAGGAGCAUCUUCAGUGUCAAAUUCAAAAAGACUGGCUGCUGGAGUUUCUCAAGGCUGUUUGUCAGAUAAAGCUGAAGUGGCAGAUCCUGUUGGCAUUGGCUUUGAUAUGAUAGAGCAGGACAAUGCAGAGGAGGACCAAGAUACAGGGGACACUAUAGAAGAGAACCAUGUUUUAUUUCAACUUGAAGAUGAUUUAAAAUUGGGAGAUGCAGAAGUUCUGAAUCAUACUGAAGAAGACAUGCAUGAAAAUGCAUAUCAUUUUGAAGGGAAGGGCACCUUGUCAUUUUGGUCAUCUGGUUCUCCUCUUCGCCAAUUUGUGAUUCAUGAUGACCAAAAUAUACCCGAGUUUGAGGGUUUUGUUAUGGGUGCAGAUGAUGAACCGAAAUGCACUGCCAAUGAGGGAAAUAGUUUUGACAAUUUGGAUCUUCCACCUGCUGAACUAGGGCGUGCUAGUGUUCUGGAGAGGCUUUGCAAAUCCACUUGCCUGCAUACGCCACUUUCCCAUUUUUCAGCAACUUAUAACUUGCAUGAAGCGCUAAACUUCUAUCAGUCAAUUCCAAAUGGGCUUUUAGAGGGCAUGGAACUGAGGAGCACCCUUAAUAUGAAUGGUGAUGGGUGUAAGCAACUUGGUGCCAAUGACAAUUUCUUGGAUGAAGAGAUCAACCAUGACCUUCAUGGAAGGUCUCAUUCCAUUUCUUUGCCACUUUCUAAUGCCCAUUCUGCAUGGGAUAUUACAAAACCUUGUAUGUCUCCGGUUGGGAAGUUUUGGGAUGGAAUCCCACUAAAGUCUGGCAGUUCUGGGAAGCGAGUGAGCUCAAUUCCAGAGCUUCCUUGCAUCAGUGAAGAAAAUGAGGCUACAGAUGGUGUUCCUGACAGACUUCUGGAAGGCGCUGGUCCAGAACUGAGUAUCAGCUCAGUCAAAAGAGAGCCGCUUGCUGAUAUUACAAAACAUGCAAAUCCUAUAACAUCAGUUUGUGAAGCUGAGAUAUGUGAAGGUAGAGGUAGUCUUGGUUCUAUGAACACAGAGAUCAGCUUCAGUGGCACUUGUGAUAGGGCCAAAACAAAGUUGGGAAAUAAGAAAAGCAAUAAAAGAAGAUUUACUAGUAAGGACAAGGAAAACCAUAACAUAUCACUAGGAGUAGAUGGUAAUAAAAGAGGGAAUGGAUCACUCCAUAGCAGAUUUAGUAGGCCAAAGUUAUCUGGGAAAGCUGAUUUGAGAAAAGGAGGAUUGAGUCUGUUAGAGAAAGAGUCUAAACCCACCAAUAUUGUUUCAAAUAUUGCUUCCUUUGUCACUCUUGUGCAACAAAAACAAGCUGCCGCAGUCAUUACUGGAAAGAGGGACAUCAAAGUGAAAGCCUUGGAGGCUGCCGAGGCUGCAAAGCGAAAUGCACAAAAGAAGGAGAAUGAACGAAAGAUGAGGAAGGAAGCCAUGAAACGUGAGCGAGUGAAGAUGGAAGAACAAAAUUUGAGGCAGUUGGAGCUAGAGAAAAAGAAGAAAGAAGAAGAAAAGAGGAAAAAGGAGGCUGAUAUGGCAGCAAAAAAAAGACACAGGGAAGAAGAAGAACGGAAGGAGAAAGAGAGAAAAAGAAUGCGUGUUGAGGAAUCAAAGAGACAUCACCUAGCACAUGAGAAAAGGUUGCAUGCUGAGAAAGAAGAGAAAGAGCUAAAAUUUAAAGCUCCAGAUGAAAAAGCACAUGAGAGUAAGGAAUCAAAAACCAGAUUAGGAAAACAUGACAAAAUGGAAAAAGCAAAAGGGGACAGCAAUCUUCAGCCAGUGCCUCAGAGUGAACCUGUGAAUACCAAGGUGUCAACAAUUGACACAAUAAAUGCAAGUGUCAUUGCUGAAGAUCAUAAGACGUCCAGUGAUUGUGGAGAUAAUUUAAAGGUAAUGGCCUCCAUUCGGGAGGUAAGUGAGAGCGGCGGAUUAAAUUCUAGUAUAACUCAAGAACAAUCGUAUGAGAUUUCUCCAUAUAAAGGGUCAGAUGAUGAAGAUGAAGAUGAAGAUGAUGAUAUACGAAAAAGUAAAUUUAUCCCUUCAUGGGCCAGUAAAUGUCACCUGGCUCUCGUUGUUUCGUCCCAGCAAAGAAUAGUUCCAGAGUCGAUAUUCCCCCCUGAAAGCUUCUGUAGUAUUUCUGAAGUUCUCUUGCCCAGAAGGCUUCAGCAGAAAUAGUUCUCUUGCCCACAACAUCAGACAACACUAUAUUUGUUCUCUUGGCUCUUCAAUAUUUGGCUGAAGAGCUUUUUGUGCCACCAGAAGAUUUGGGAGAGCAUUUUGCAGAGAUCGAGGGGCAGGUGAUUUCCUGUUUGCACGUUUAUAGUUGAAUCUUGUAAAUUUAGAAAAAUGUACAUACAUUUUGUAAUGUCUUGUCGAGAUUGUAGAUUAGCUUCGUAGUAAGAUGAGCAAACUUAACCAAUUUUCUAGCUAGUGACCAACUUGAGCAACUUUGUUAACAUAUGGUAGCAAAAAGAAUAUGAUCUAUAAACUACUGGAUUCUUGAAUUGUUCGAAUUAUGUGUUUUCACUCGCAAGGGGGAAGCAGUGGUAAGAAUUGGACAAAUUCAAGCUUCUGGUUAAGUGCGGCCUUGUACCGGACUGAGCUGGAAGGAUGAUAUGUUCAUAAGAGAGAUAAUGCUAUUCACCAAGCUGCAAGUGACCGUCCUUCUCUUCCUGAUAGGAUCAGAAUCAGCCUUCAGCCUUACCAAUCUUUAAACAUGUACUACAAAUUGUAGACUAAACACUUGACCCUGAACCUUGUUACUGUAAAACUAAGUUCAACCUAUAUAUUUGGCUAGAUUUGCCAGUAUAAUGCGGUAGUACUGAUUCCUGAAAUUCAGAUGGAAUAACGAGCUAAAUCUUAUAUUUA